AUGUCUACCCCUGGUUCAAAGAAACCACAGCGUCGAUUUCAGUUCAUUGACAAUAGUGAUGUCACCUCGAUGGGUUCCAAUGCCACCCAAGUGCGGCGCCAUGUCAUGCAGGAGUACAUGAGAGAGAAGCGAUGGGAGGCUCGCUCACAGACAAAGGCUGGCGACGGAGCUGAAGCACCGACUCGAAAGAGGCCAGACAGGCCCAGAUCGCAAACACGAUCGCGCCAGCGACGUCCGCAAACGGCGCGUUCCAUCCCCGCGGACUUUCAGGACUCAGCAAUGGGGGCAAAUGAAGGAGUAGAUGUAACGGAGAACCUGGAUGGUACCGUCGAUGAGAUCGAUCGUCAACUUCCCUAUCCUGGGGUGGUACGGACGAAGCCUUCUACUACUACCUUCCGUCUAGGAUCGACAGCCCUUGCCAAGUUGGCAGAUAUGGUCCCCGAUGCUCCAUUCACGCCGCCGUCUUCUACCAGGUCCACUGAUUCAUUAUCACCGCAGAAGCGGCACUGGACAUCGACUGGCCAUUCAUCUCUCAGUCCGGAACCGCAGUCUUAUCUGAGUGCUGCAAGGACCGACCCGUUCGACGCUCUACCAAUGGAGCUGAGCCCUCAAGACCAGGAACUCUUCGAUUUCUACGCAAAUGUCAUGCCCGCGUGUUCAUAUGGGUUUGAAAGACGUAGCCCGCUUGCACACAAUUGGUAUCUCACCGUCUUCAUUCCCGAAGCCAUGAAAGGGGCCGUGUGUUUCCAGAACACCAUUCUCGUCCACGCUGCCAACACCCAGGCAUGGGUCCAAGGUCUCCCAGAGACACGUCUUGCCAUCGAACAUCGAGCCAAAGCAUCGCAACUGCUCCUUCAUCACUAUCAGCAAUACCCUCAUGACACUUCAGAUGCCACCAUAUCCGCCACAAUCUCUGCUGCGGCAUUGGAGGACUUUGACCCACGUAUCGAACGCCGUGUAUACGCAUGGAUGCACUGGGAGGCUGUGGUGCAAAAGAUCAGGGAUCGGGGUGGACCUGCAGCUCUGGUCCAAAACAACAGAUUACAGAUGCUGAUCAACUGGUCCGAUUACAUUUUCUCAGGUUAUAAAGGUCAUGGUGCUACAUUCUACUUUGACCACCAGUCAUCACCAAGCCACUCAACCCAACAAGAAGCUGAGGUUAUAGCUCGUAAUGAGCUCGCGGAGCAGUGUGACGAGUUCAUCACGUUCCUCAAAUGCGCCGAACACCUUGCCCUCGUUCAAGCAGGCCUGCAAGUAAACCCGAUCUCAAGGAAUCAACAGCCCUUGCGCUAUUCAGUCUUUUCACCUGGGCAACCCCUUCACAACCUCCUGGCAAGUCCCAAUGGCCCACGCUACACGGAGACGGGACAGUUCAAGCAGAUUAUUUCCAGGUUGGCUGCUCUGAUGACGAUCAAUACAGCCAUUUGGGAAUACCGGCACUCGAUCGAAAACAGCGAGGCAUUCUUUGCUGAGCUCAUGGACAACAUCGUGCACAACGACUUGGAUCGACAUAUCUCAGUGGAGGCACUGAUACAGAUAUUAUUGAGCGGAAGUAGCAAUCCUGUCCUGUUGCAUACCGAAAGACCCUGGUUUGUUGGCCGAAUGCUAAAAGUGUCCAAGCGAUUGUCCCGACCGACGUUUGAGAGGCUGAACGACUUGCUCCUAAGCUUCUUGUCACUGGGACCUGGGCUCGUUCCCGUCAUGGUGGAUUGGGAAACCGAGCUGCGCACAGAGAUACUGCAAGCGCCUUUGGUCAGCUAUCGGUCCCGAUUCAUGCUGGAACCACCCUGA